AUGUGCCACAAAAGACCCUUUACUGUAAUUUGCGAUGCGAAAUUUUAUCUUGGCGUUGAUUGGCAGAUGAUCGAAAUUUAUCAGGAGAAUUCCAUGCCAACAGGAGACAGAAAAAAAGCGAAUAUUGUUAAUGAAUAUCCCAAAGUAGACACACGAUGCCCGAAAAUUGACCUUGAAAAAAAAAUUGGCCCCAGUGUGCCCCCGAAGCAUUUUGGAUACGUGCCCACCCUCCCUAAUGCACACACAUCGGCGCAGAAUCUAACGCCGCUCUCGGAUAUCCAACCGUCGGUAGAAUUUUACGGCGAUAUUUCAACAGCUUCUAAAAGUAAGAAUCCAUCAGUGGCCCCUGGAUAUGCAGAUGCAAUAACUUCGCCCAGAGAUUCCCAUGGCAACAAUUUGCAGCCAUCUCUCAUUCCUAAAUACCCUCAAUUGCCGACAUCUGGUAACAACCCCUACGAAACCAAUUCUUUUUCCAUGGACGACCUAGCUUUCUCCUCCAUGCAGGUUGCUAAUAUUCCAAAAGUAAAUCAUGAACGCGCAGGCGCUUCAUUUGAUUUUUUGUCGCCUGAUCACAAUUAUUUCGCGAAUUCCACUAGUGGACCUUCAAAUCCACAAGUACCAUAUCCUUUACACAUACCACAAGCCAAAGGAAGUGAUAUAGGAUUUAAUCAUGAAGCCAUUAUCAAUGAUGGGCAGCAUUCUCGCCUAACGGCAAAAAACGGGUCAAUCCUAGCCUAUUUGGACGCAGCUGCGGCCAAAGACAGCGUAAAUCUUCUUACUAAACGAAAUUCGAAUCUGCCAUUUCGAGGUGGCAAAGUAUCGUUAACCCAUAAAGAUCAAAUUGAUGCCGUUGAAGAUGGAGCCUUUUUACUUCAGAGGCUGAUAGAACCAACCUCGUCAGCUACUUCUAAUUUAUUUAAAAUUAAGCGGUCCUCUAGGCCUCCAAUGAGAAUGGCCUGUAAUGCCUGCAUCCGAGGCCACAGGGCACCUUCCUGCAAGCAUUACGAACGGCCUCUUCUUGCUGUAAGGCCCAGAGGCAGGCCCUCGAGUCUUUGUUCUGGCUGUCUGGAGAAAAUAGUGGACUGCGCAUGUUCAAACGAAGUCUCUGAAAAGGCAUGCAAUGGGAAAAUACAUGGAACUGAACCAAAUCACAACAUCACGAAGCUCGAAAUAGAUGGAAAGGUCAAUCCAACCAGACUGAGCCAGUAUUACAAAAAACUUCUCAUACAAACCCCAGACGUGCAAUUUUCAAAAAGUGAUGUUCCCCUUCAAGACGAAGGCUGCUGA